AUGGCCGAGGAUGCACCUGCGGAGCCUACCCGUCCUGCUGACGAACCCGGUUCCCCAAAGACAGAGCCUACGCCGAAGAAGCUCGAGGAUGACGAAGUGCCAGGAAAAAGUGAAGAACAUGAGAAAAAGAAGGAUGAGGUAGAAGAGGGUGAGGUGAAUUUUGAAGAGGUCAAGGAUGGCUCACAGCCUCCACUGCCGGAUGAAGAAGUUCCUCCCCUUCCUGAUGAGCCGGUGCCAGGGGUCGUCGAAGAUGACGGCUGGGAUGCUAUGUGGGAUGAUAAUUCACAGGCUUAUUACUUUUAUAAUCGCGUCACGGGGGUGUCCCAGUGGGAGAAUCCUCGAGUUCCAGACGCAACAGCAUCACAACCAGGCGCUUCGGGGGCAAACGAAGAUAAGAUACAACAGGCACCCAAACAACCACGAGCUGCAGGUGGGUAUGACCCGUCCAUACACGGUGACUAUGACCCGACAGCUUGGUACGCCCAACGAACUGAAGAGGGCCCUUCUGCAUCAACCGCAGCUGGCGUCGAAGACCCAAAUAUACUGUACACGGCUACAGGCACAUUCAACCGGUUCACGGGCCAAUGGCAAUCUGCUGGCUUACGACCAGAGAACUUCAAUGACGAGAACAAAAGUUAUCGACAGCUGAACGCGUUCUUUGAUGUCGAUGCCGCAGCCAACAGCCAUGAAGGGAAGAGCCUCAAAGCCGAGCGGAGCGGGAAGAAGUUAACGAAGAAGGAGUUGAAAGCGUUCAGGGAGAAAAGACGAGAAAGAAAGGAAGAGAAACGCAGAGCCUGGCUGCGAGACUGA